AUCUUCAGUGCUCCAGCUCCUUGCUCUCCGAAAUUCUUCGACAACGACCUAAUGGGUUUCUCUAAAGAUCAGUUGCUUUCCCAACUUCAGGAACUUGAGAUUGAUUAUUCCAAGUAUGAGCAUCCUCCCGUUCUAACUGUCGAAGAACAGGCUAAGUAUGUAAGCAGUAGCGAGGGUGCACUAAGUAAGAAUCUCUUCUUCAAGGACAAGAAACAUCGAUAUUACAUCAUCUCAGCCAUGGUAGAUACCAAAGUCGACAUGAAAGUUUUAUCUCAGAGACUCGGUCUGGGAAAAGGAGGUAUAAGAAUGGCUCCUGAAGAAGCACUUGCUGAGCUAUUGCAGGUGUCUCUUGGAUGUGUUACUCCUUUUGCAGUCGUAAAUGAAUCAGCAAGAGAUGUAUCGCUCUUGUUAGACCAAAAAUUCAAGAACCAAACACGCUGCAUCUUCCACCCGUUGUCUAACAACGUCUCAAUCUCUCUUAGCACAUCGGGUCUUGACAAGUUUCUUCAGUCCGUCGGGAGAGAUCCUGUAUACGUUGACCUUGAGGCUAACCCAGUGGUUGGUAAAGACCAGCCUCCAGAUCUAGCUGUUUAUGUUCCGUCUAAUUCAGUUGUUAUCCCCGAGCUCCCUAACAACACACCUUCUGCACAAGCUUCUCCUCCAAAGAAUGUGUCAGCAGAGAAAACUAAGCCCGUUGCUUCACCCAAACCGAGCAAGUCACCCGGUAAUGUGAAGAGUGUCGUGCAAAAUUCUGGUCUAUCAGUAUUUAAAAACCCUGAGAAGUUCGUGGAGGAGAUUUUGGACAAAACAUCUGAGCUGUUGUUUUCUGAGGUGAAGGGAGAGAAUGUGGAGGCUUUAGCAGAAACACUGAGAAAACGUCUUACCUCAGAGUUUACCCACCUCGCAGUUAUGUACAAGAACACUGCAUACAGUGAAGGUUUUUACGCCGGUACACAGUGCCAACCAAAGCGACCGUAAGAGGAGGUUUGGUUUAUAUGCUGAACCUGAGAUACUUGGAGAGAAAACAUUACCUGGGUUGCGCGUUUUUCAACUCUUUUUCGUGCACAACAAUUAUAGACAAGACUGAGUAAUGAUUUUAUUUAUGUAUGCUCGAAGCAUUGUUGUUUACUAAUACAAUAUUUCUUUUCUUUUAGCGUCUCCUCAAUAGAAAAUGACAGGAUAACCUGGACACAUUAUAAUUUGAUUUGGUUAUUAAAUGUGUCUUUUAUGUAUU